GUGCGAACCAUGAAGGGAACAGUGAUUUUUUUGGCGCUCGGCUUCCUCUCCGGGGGACUUGUGGCGUCCGCUGCAUAUUUGCCUGGAGUGCCUAUAGAUUUUGAGGUGGAUGAUAAAGUGCUCUCCGCCAUUGCUGAUGACAUAUCUGAGCGCCUGGCCCAGGAGUAUGUCACCUAUUUGAAAACCGGAGUUGAGACGGCAGCCUUCAAGAAACUCACCCAACAACUGGCCAAGUCGCACAGCCAAAAGGAUAUUUUCACCAGGAAUAUGGCCGAUUUGGAGUCGAGGGACAGCUUUUUUGUGUGCGUAGCCUGUCGCUCUGUAAUUCGAGUCCUCAUUAGGACCAUUCGCGAUGAGGAGGGAGAGCUCCAUGGAGAAGGCAGCUCCACUCUGAUGAAGGACUUUGCCACAGACUUCUGCCAAAGAAUGAAUCUUCAGACCGAUGAGGUUUGCGAGGGUCUGAUCGAUUCCUACCAGCCAUCCGUGGACUACAUCCUAAGAAAUUCCGAGAGCGAUUCCCAGACCUUCUGUUCUCUUUUCAUGGAGUAUAGUUUCUGCAGCACUGGCACCAACCAGGACUACAACUGGAUCCUUACUGUGGACAACUCAGUUCCGAGCUUGACCAGUUCCAAGUCAGACACCGAUCGCUAUAGUGAAUCGGAUCUUAAGAUCUGCCACUUCUCCGAUAUCCACUACGAUCCCUUGUACCUACCAGGGAGUCUGGCCACCUGUGCAGAGCCCAUGUGCUGCCAAAGGCACAAGGACACGGCGGAGGGCACACGCGAUGCGGCUGGAUACUGGGGCGACUACAGGGGAUGCGAUCUGCCAUGGCAUUCCUUUGAAUCCGCCUUAGACAAUGUGGUGAAAAACCACAAGUGUGACUACGUCUAUCAGACUGGUGAUGUUGUGGAUCACAUGGGAUGGGCCACCUCGGUGGAAAAGAACAGCGAAGUGCUGAGCAAAGUGAACGACCGACUGAAGCAGGCAUUUGGAGAUGUGCCAGUCUAUCCCUGCAUUGGCAACCAUGAGCCACAUCCUUUCAAUCUAUUUAGUCCCGAAGGUGUGCCGGAUGCAGUUAGCACCAAGUGGCUAUAUGAGCAUCUGUACAACGACUGGUCGAAGUGGCUGCCCGAGGAGACCAAGGAAACAAUACUCAAGGGAGGCUAUUAUACUGUUUCUCCCAAAAAGGGAUUCCGCAUCGUUGCUUUAAAUAGCAACGACUGUUCUACGGAUAACUUCUGGCUGUAUCAUAGUGGGUCUGACAAGAUUCCCCAGCUUCAGUGGUUCCACGACACACUUCUCGCCGCCGAGAAAGCCGGGGAAUUUGUCCACGUGAUCACCCACAUUCCCUCUGGCGUCGGAAGCUGCUGGUCCGUGUGGGCUCGUGAGCUAAAUCGAUGCAUAACCCGCUUCAGUGCAACAAUUAGUGGCAUCUUUACCGGCGAUACCCACAAGGACGAAAUGUUCGUUCAUUACUCUGAUGAAGGGCAUGCCACCGCUGUGGCCUGGACAGGAGGAGCCCUAACCACUCGCUCAAACAAGAACCCCAACUAUAGGAUUUACGAUGUGAACCCAGAAUCCUUUGUGGUGACAAAUCACCACACGUGGCUUUUCAAUCUGACGGAAGCUAAUCUAAAUCCUAAUAGUCAGCCCGAGUGGUUUGAGGAAUAUCAGUUCAUCAAUGAAUUCACUGAGGACACGAGUCCUGCGGGAAUUGACAAGCUGCUGGAUGAAUUCGCUGAAAAUCCGGAUCUUAUGAGGAAGUACUGGCGCUUCCGAGUUACUCAGGGAGAUCCCUACCUUAAAGAUGGCUGCGAUCGCACCUGCUUGGCAGCAUCUUUGUGCCGAGCUGCUGUAACCGUUAACACUCAGACAGGACGAUGCGAGGAGCUUCGCGCCAAACUGUAUGCUUCUCUGGACAAUGAGGAAAACACAACUCCGGGAGAUAAUGGAGGUGAUGGCAAUGACGGAGGCGGAGGAUCUGCUCGCCUAAGCUUGUUCAGCAUCAGUUCCAUGCUGAUUAUCGUUAUCUCCACCCGACUUAGUAUUUAG